AUGAAUUUAACACAGACCCAGUUUCCUGGGACCAAUGACACCAACUAUGACGUCACGACAGAGUGGUCCGAUGACAACUGUUCCUGGGUGGACGCGGUGUCCUGGGGCUGCAACGCCACUCUCAACUUCACCGGAAACGCGACCAGCGGUGAUGUGACGUCGCUCGUCCUCAUGGCGGCCACUUCCGUAGUUCUGGCGCUCAUCAUCUUAGCCACAAUCAUUGGAAACGUCUUCGUAAUAGCUGCAAUAAUAAUUGAGAGAAACCUUCAGAAUGUCGCCAACUACCUGGUGGCAUCGCUGGCGGUAGCCGACCUCAUGGUGGCAUGCCUCGUCAUGCCGCUGGGGGCUGUCUACGAGGUCAGUCAAGGUUGGAUAUUGGGACCUGAGCUAUGUGAUAUGUGGACUUCCAGCGAUGUACUUUGCAGCUCUGCAUCAAUUCUCCAUCUCGUUGCUAUAGCAACGGACAGAUACUGGGCAGUAACUGACGUAGACUACAUCCACAUAAGAAACGAGAAACGGAUCUUCACCAUGAUCUUUCUGGUGUGGGCGGCGGCGCUGGUCGUCUCCCUUGCCCCCCAAUUAGGCUGGAAGGACCCGGAUUACCUCGCGAGGAUAACUCAGCAGCAAAAGUGCCUCGUCAGCCAGGACCUCGCGUAUCAGAUAUUCGCUACGUGCUCCACAUUUUACGUGCCAUUAGCUGUGAUCCUCAUUUUGUAUUGGAAAAUAUUCCAAACGGCCAGGAGACGGAUUAGAAGGCGCAGAGACGUACCACCAGCGCGACCCUCAUCAGCUGAUGGCGCCCCACCAUCCGGCAGACCCAUACAGUCAGCUCGAGACAGACGUUUCGUGAAGAAACGCUUCCUCAACUUAAAAAAAUGCAACCAACGCACCAGAGCGGAGACCAUCGCCGCCGCUCUCCUCCUCACCGAAGGCCAGAGCACAUCCACAGUAGACACCCUGGACGAAGAGCCGAAGACCACAGCGUUCACGGUCAACGAAAAGGCUCAAGUGUCACCCGAGAAGUCUUCCUCCACAGCCACGAACGGCUCCAAGCCAGAACGUCCAGUCGCCCCAGGCCCAUCGCAGCGAGAGAAGAAAGAGUCGCUAGAAGCGAAACGGGAACGCAAAGCGGCGAAGACCCUGGCGAUCAUCACCGGCGCGUUCGUGUUCUGUUGGCUCCCGUUCUUCAUCAUGGCGCUGGUGAUGCCCAUCUGUCAGACGUGUGUGAUAAGCGAUUACCUGGCCAGCUUCUUCUUGUGGCUUGGGUACUUCAAUUCGACGUUAAACCCAGUGAUCUAUACAAUAUUCAGUCCGGACUUUCGGCAGGCCUUCGCCCGUAUCCUCUUUGGUUCGCAUAGGCGAGGCCGGAAUAAGAAAUACUGA